GCGUCGCAGACAGACCGGGUGCAGAGGGACGGUGAUCCGCAUCCGCGCUGCGCACAAACCAAAGCGUUCGUGCGUUAAACGCGCAGCUCCGGCUGGAUUUACUGCGUCGGCUGUAGCUGCUGCGAGGGAGGCAGAGCGGAGCCGGUGCAGCAGGAGGACGAGGAGGAGCGGAGGACUGAGAGAGAGGAGGCUGAGAGAGGAACGGGGAAACCGUCCGAGCACCGGGAGGGACCCCGCCCGGCCAGCGACCGUCACAGCUGUCAGCCAGAGUUGGCGACUGAGGAGAUGAACUGUAUGAGGAAGAGCGAAUGAGAAGAAAGGAAUAGAAAAAGGAGAGAAACAUCAACCAGAGGAGAGGAGGAGAGAGGAGGAUGUUGGGAGUUUUAUGAAAGAGAAGAGGUUUGAUUUUUUCCCUUUUUUUUAAAAAGAAGAAAAGGUGGGACUGACAGUGACCGGAGCUGGACGCUUUGGAGAGCGAGCUGAGGAAAACGGGAUUAGCUGAACGAAGGAGGAAACAUCUGGAUGGUCUCCAGUGCUGCGGCCUUCAAAGAUGGCCUCCAACUUCAAUGACAUCGUCAAGCAGGGCUACGUACGCAUGCGCAGCCGCAAGCUGGGGAUCUAUCGGCGUUGCUGGUUGGUGUUCAAGAAAUCUUCCAGCAAAGGACCUCGUCGUCUGGAGAAAUAUCCUGACGAGAAGGCUGCCUACGUCAGAGCGUGUCCUAAAGUAACGGAGAUCAGCAACGUCAAGAAUAUCACACGACUGCCACGUGACACCAAGCGACAGGCGGUGGCCAUCGUGUUCACAGAUGACACCUCACGCACCUUCACCUGUGAAUCAGAGCUGGAGGCAGAGGAUUGGUUCAAGACGCUGUCGAUUGAAUGUCUGGGGAUGCGGCUCAAUGACAUCAGUAUGGGAGAGCCGGAUCUGCUGGCUGCUGGAGUGCAGUGUGAACAUACAGAGCGCUUCAACGUGUUCCUCCUCCCCUGCCCCAACCUGGACAUCUACGGCGAAUGCAUGAUGCAGAUCACCCAUGAGAACAUCUACCUGUGGGACAUCCACAACCCUCGCACCAAGCUGGUCACCUGGCCACUCUGCUCGCUCAGGCGCUACGGACGGGACGCCACCCGCUUCACCUUCGAGGCCGGACGGAUGUGUGACAGCGGAGAGGGACUCUACACCUUCCAGACCAGAGAGGGGGAGCAGAUCUACCAGAGGGUUCACUCGUCUACGCUGGCCAUCGCCGAGCAGCACAAGAAGGUCCUGCUGGAGAUGGAGAAGAACAGCAGGCUGCUGUCUAAGGGUUCAGAGUCCGGCUCCUACCCCUGCACCCCCACCGCCAUCCUGCCCCGAUCCGCCUACUGGCACCACAUCACUGGAAACCAGACCGGCAUGGAUCCUGGCAGCGGUGACGCCGCAGAAGACGAGCUGCUGUCCACUCACCUGCUCCCCAACCGCCAUGCAACGCUGCCCCUGGCGAACACACACGCACAGUCCCAGCCGCACAUACACACACACUCCCCGACACACUAUCCCACCUUCCCCGGACAGUGACACACACAGGAGGACGCGGACUUUGAAAAGGAGGCACAAACACCCACAGGACCCACAUGCAUGCAGACACACACUCCCUCCUUAUAUUUGACAGCCCAACAUUACACCUCACACAGCGGAGGCGAAGGUAACACCAGCCAGCACGCCAUCCUGGAGGCAGGAAGUGGAAGUGCGCAGCGCCCACAGGAGGCGGGUUGGCAUGCUGUGUGACGUGAGGACUAAAAGCUCUCAGCUUUAAAGCAGAGCAGAGCGCCUUGAAGAUUGUAGGGAUGUUUUUAUACUGAAUUUAUACUGCAGGUUCCUUUUGAACUCAGAAACAUAAACAGGAGACGAGCGGCAGUACGAGAUGUUACAACGAUGUGAAACUACACGGUGGUCUGUUAAUGUCCCGCUGCUCCUCACACCAAACAUCAGUUUGCCAUCUGCUGGCUGUAGUUUGUCAUGUGUAUGAAUAUGUAUUUUAUCUUUAUUUAACUCACUAACAGUCACAUGCUAGCUUGGCUACUAAGCACGAAUUCAGCCCACUUUAGAGUAUAAAGCAGUUUUAACUUUCAUUCACAGGUUUGUUAAGUCUGAGUUACGGGUCCAAAUCUUCCUUCGGGCCCUAAAAUCAGUCAAACUCUGAGGAACUGCAGCAGGUUCAAAACGGUCCAGAUUCUCUCAGCUCCAGUAAAAUGAUCUUCUCACAGCUGUUUCAAUAAAGUUUAACCAAAAAGAGGAUUCACGAGGGUUAGGUGAGUUAGAAAUUAGCAGGAAGUUAGGAUUUAAGAUGAUAAACCAUGUUUAAGGAUUUCCAACAGCUCUGCUGGUGAAGUCGAGCUAGCUGACACGAUGAUGUGCGAAACACGUUAGCACAGCCACUGUGUUUGAAGACUGUAUAUGAAUGAUGGACGUAGCUACACGACACUAACACAUUUUUGGUUUUAAUCUCUGAAACUUGAUGUGACUGUAAAACUGUGACACUGCACUCUCAUUGGGUGGAGACAAUCACACUGUUUGUCAGUCUUCUGGACUUUAAGGGAACCACAGUUUGAAUGAACAUUAUUAACAUCAUGUUGUAUUCAGUUAGACUUGAAACUAUCUUCUGAAACCCAUCAGGAACAUGUUUCCUAAGCUCAGAGGUGUAUCUGAAAGUCUUUUUUUCCACCCUUAAAAUGCAGGUUUGAGGCACGUCAGCAUUAGCUUCACUGUUUAGCUGUGUCCAUCUUUAUAUGCAGUCUGUGGUACACACUGAGGCUCGAUCAUUUAAGUACAGACCUGUCAGUUCUCCAUCUCAGAAUGAUCUUAUGUGCCAUCAAAAGAUGUCAAAAGCGAGCGUCACUGAGAUGAGCCACAUCGUCAGCAGGAGGUUAGUCAUUACGAUUCCCCGGGGUGGUUUAGAUCACUUGGUACCAAGCAGUUAAAUCUUUGUUGGUCAGACGGGGAUUAAACCUGGGACACCACGAACCCGGCACUGUGCAUGAAUGGAGCUAAUAAAAAGCUGCACAGGGCAGAUUUUUCAGCAUUAAUGCCUUUUGGAAAACAUUGAGCGGCAUCUGAAUAAGACGUGCUGUGUGGACCUGGAAACAGUUCAACACCACGAAUGCCAUCACACAGAAACCUACAAACCAAGGUGGCUUUAAAGCAUAUUUAGACCUAUGUGGUUACAUACUGUAGUUCCCUGUAUAGCUUAGGUAUUUUCUUUUUAUAAUAACAAAACUGUGAAAUGCCAAAUUUUGGUCAGAUUUCCACAGUUUUUUAUAUGGUGUGUACAGUAGGAGUAGCAAUGUACGGUCUGACGUUCUAGCUUGGUGAUCCUGCCGUGGGGUUCUAAUCAGUUAAGUUCUUCAAGGGCCAGAGGGCUGCACGGUGCCUUAACAGCACCGCGUGGACUGUGCAGACACGCUGACAAACACUCGAUGAUUUCUGCGUUCAGCCACAUCUGGAUAAAUGCCUUUGGUUUCACUGAUAAAUGUGACUUUGCAGUUCCAGGAUCUGUUCACUGAGCUGAACUUUGGGGUGAAGCUGUGGUUACAUCCUUUGUUAUGGAGUGACUCCUAAACUGGGUCAGAGCUUCGGCCGUUUUCAUGUAUCUGCACUGAGCCGUAUUCACGCAUCUGUUAUUUUCUUUGUGUCCACGGGUCAGAAUCAGAGGAGUGCCUCACAGUGUAGCGUUAAACAGAAAAGGAUUUUGAAGACAUUUGUCUGUCAGUAACUGAUAUUCAGUCAUUACAUUUUUCACUCUCCUUUCUUACAAUGGUAACCCGCUUCAAAUUGAAAACUCUCGGCAUCCCUGGAAAGGUGUGUGCCAGAGUCCUGCCGAAGACCGCCUGUUAUUUGAACGUCACAUGCGCUCGUCAGGUCUUUAUCCGCUCAUGGAUACUUGAGUCUACGUUUGUUUUGUAGACUUGAAGAAGACCUUCGACCGUGUCCCUGCAGGGAGUUCGGUGGGCGUUGUGGAGCUCAGUCAUUCAGGAGGAGUUCAGAGCAGAGCCCUUCUCCUUCACAUUGAAAGGAGGCAGAGUGAGGUGUUCCAGCAUCUGAUCGGGACGCAUCCUCUGUGAAGUUUUUCACGUCCAACCAGGAGGAGAACCCGGGGCAGACCCAGGACACAGUUUAUGUCUCUCUUGGUUUAGGAGAAGCCUCGGUGUACCCUGAGAAGAGCUGGAGGAGGUUGCUGGGAGAGGGAGGUCCAGAGGUCUCUGCUUAAACUGCUGCCCCUGGACCCGGAUAAGUGGUAGAAAAUGGAUUCCUGGAUGUAAAAUAGGGAAAUGUGUUGAAGAAGAGUAGAAGUGGAAAUAAUACAGGUUUCACUUCUGCCCUGAGGUCACCUCAGAGAGGCACUCGAUGAUCAAAGGGCACUCGGGCCGUGAAGCACUCUGUGAUGUGACAAUAGGGACAAAAUUAUCCGUGAAGAGAAACCCUGAAGCUGCAGCAGUGCUGUCAUCAGCAGACCGAUAGCAGCACAGUUCAGUGGGGGUUUAAUCACAUACAUGGCCUAUUUCUUUGCUUCCACUGAAUCAAAGUAGUCCAGGUGGUCAGGACAUUAUCUUGAAUAGCGCUUCCAGAGAGCGUCUCAGUGUUUAGCCAUUUUUUCUGUUAGGAUUAGUAUAAUUACGCUCAUCGAGUUUAAUAGCGAGUCGCAGCUCUGGGAACACGGAUCAAAAGAACCAGGAAGCAGGAGUCAGACGAUGAGACGGGCUUCAGAAAAACCAAAUGUUCCUCAAACUGUGGAAGUGAAACUGAGAUGGCCGACGGGGGAUGGGCUCUGGUUCUUGAUUGGUUAUUAAUGUUUAUUGAUGGUGUUGAAAGACUAAUGCCUUUGCCUUCUCUUACUCUGAUAAAGACCUGAGAUGUCCACCUUGUACAGGUGACGUAGGUGCCGGGACAGCAGAGGUGGGGUCAUGUUUUUUUCCCGCUGUGGGCUCAGAUCAGCCUUCUUCUGCUGUCUUUUCACUUAAUUCUUGGUUUUCCAGACUGUUGCUUUAACAGUGGGAUUUUUUCCGUGUCACUGUUAGAAACCUGGACGUUCCCGGGCGGUGGGGUUUGAUUCACGCUGGAAUCCUCCUCUGACAUCACCGUUUGUUUUUCCAUCACUGAAACAUGACAGGGCUACGCAUUUCAUUUGUCGUUCACGUGAUGGAAGCGGUGUAAUGUGUGUAGAUGUGUUUUUGUGUAACCUCCUGAGAGAGCCGUGUACAUAUCUGCUAUUUAUUUCAUGUGUGUUUGAGAGAGAGUGUGUGUGAUAUGAGUGAUUAUUGGAACGUGUUCAUGUAAAAUACACACAUCACCUUUUUGCACCUUGUAAUGUAGAAGAAGCUGAUAGCAGCUGCUCCACACUGUCAGCAUGGAUCUUCAAGAAGAAGAAGACCACAUCUGGGAUCCUGUCCUCACACCGCACCCAUCUGCUUGGCCUCACACGAGUCUGUCUCUCUGUUCACGCCUG